UCCUUCACUUCUCUCUAUUUCUUCUCUUUCACUCUCCUCUCUCUCAUUCAUUGAGUUUUAGCCUCUCAUCAACAUGAAUAUGUGCCAAACUCAAUGCCACCAAGACCAGGUCUUUGCCUCUUCUUGCUCAACCAGCCUUGAUGACCUCUUCUCUGCCAAAAACACGGAAGUGGAUGUUGAGUUGGAGUGGCUUUCGGAGUUUGUUGAGGACUGCUUUUCGAGUCCCCCAAGUUUUGUGUUGGGAGGCGGUGGGGCUAAGAAUAGUACUACAAGCAUAAGCAUAAGCACAAGCACAGGCAGCAGCAGCAGCAACACAUUGAAGAGGGCCGCCCAAGAGAAUGAGUGUCCUUUGCAAAAUUUUGCUGUGCCUGGGAAGGCGAGGAGCAAAAGGAAAAGGCUUUCGGCCCCUAGAACGAAGGACCCUUUGAGCGUAUGGUCACACCAUUUGAACCCCGAAAAUGAAGCCUUGAGUUCUGACCCUCCACUCCUGAAACAGGCAUAUUGGUUGGCUGACAGUGAACUGAUGAUGAUGCCUAAGCCAAAGGAGGAGGAGGAAGAAGUGAGGAAAAUGGUGAUUGGGGAGUGUGAGGUUGAAGGUAGCAGUGGUCAACAAGCAAUGGCAAGGAGAUGCAGCCAUUGCUUGGCUCAGAGGACCCCACAGUGGAGGGCAGGACCAUUAGGUCCAAAGACACUUUGCAAUGCAUGUGGAGUUAGGUACAAGUCUGGUAGGUUGCUACCAGAGUAUAGGCCAGCCAAGAGUCCUACUUUUGUUAGCUACUUGCACUCCAAUUCCCACAAGAAAGUCAUGGAGAUGAGGAUGUCUGUUUACUCUGAUCACUAGUGUUUCUUCUUAUUAGCCUUUCAUUUUUAUAUGUAUAAAUCAAACUUCAUUUCUUAGGAACAAACUAUUUCAUUUCAAUCUUCUUAACAACACAUUUCUUAAACUCAACAAUGAUGUCUGCUGUAAUAAACAUUAAGGUUAUGAUCUGCAGAAGCAAAAGGUAUCGAAUUCUGUCAGUA